GACCGGAAGUGCCUCUUUCUUUUUCUGAGUCGGCUCGUGCGGCAGCCAUCAUGGUGUUCAAGCGCUAUGUUGAGAUUGGCAGAGUUGCCUACAUUUCCUUUGGGCCGCAUGCAGGCAAGCUAGUAGCAAUUGUGGAUGUUAUUGAUCAAAACAGGGCAUUAGUAGAUGGUCCCUGCAGCGGUGUGAGAAGGCAAGCUAUGCCUUUCAAGUGCAUGCAGCUAACUGACUUUGUUCUCAAGUUUCCUCACAGUGCUCGUCAAAAAUGUGUGCGAGUUGCUUGGGAGAAGGAGAACAUUAAUGAAAAGUGGAAAGCUACCAGAUGGGCACAAAAAAUUGAGGCCAGGGCAAAGAAAGCCAAAAUGUCAGAUUUUGAUCGUUACAAAGUCAUGAAGGCAAAGAAAAUGAGAAACAGGAUCAUCAAGCAUGAAGUAAAGAAGCUCCAGAAGGCUGCAGCUUCUCCCAAAAAAGCAUAAACUAGCAGCGGAAUAAAACUUGAGUUUCAUUUACACCCAC